UUUACAGCAUCUUCAUCAAGUCAAAAUCCUCCAAGAUCUUCUCAAUUACUUGAGUUUCCUUUCUCUCAGUUUCUUUAACUAUUCUCUGCACACGAUUUUCUUACCUUUCUUGGUUUCCUUAUUAUCAUCAAUGGCGGUUUCUUCUAACAAAUCUCCUUCUCCACUUUCUGCAAGACCCGUUCCUCCUCCUCAUUCAAGAACCUCUGAAAACACUAGAAGAAGUUUCACCGGCAACCCUUUUUCUCGACCUUCAGUUCUUUCAACCCAUAGAGGAUUUUAUAACCCUGUUACUCCUGCAAAUAGCCCUGCUGAUUCGGCGAGAAGGGUGUCUAAUCCAGGGAAAGAGGGUUUAUCAUGGGGUAAUGAAGAGAAGGAGAAUGAAUCUAAAGCAACGAAACUGAAAUCACCGGCAAAGGGUUCAAAGAAUUUCAUGUCUCCGACUAUUUCAGCUUCUUCCAAGAUUGCUCAAUCCCCUAAAAAGAAAAUCUUGGUGGAAAGAAACGAUCCUGUUAGGACUUCAAUCACCUUCUCUGACGGUAGAGCUACAUUCUUUUCUUCAAAUUCUGAAGAACAUAAUCAAAACUCUGAAAAAUCUUUUGAGAAUGUUAUGGAGCCUAAAGAGAUUGUUCAUGUUGAAGGUCUUCCUCCAGUUACCAAAGCGCCGAAAAAGGUAACAUUUUCCGAGGCACCUUCAAAUUGCAACAAUGCAUCUGAAUCCCUUUCUGAUACUGUAACCAUGGAUUCUGACAUUUGCAAUGAUGAACCACUGGUUUCUCCUGCAAUAGCCCCACUUGAUGCUGAUCCCUCUUUACCUCCAUAUGACCCUAAAACCAAUUACCUAUCUCCAAGGCCUCAGUUUCUUCACUACAAACCCAACCCAAUGAUUGAAGUUUUACUCAAUAAGGGAAAAGGAAUGGAUGCAGGAGAAGCAAAGAAGCUAGAUGACAUCUUCUUGUCGGAGUUACUGUCUGAAAACUUGUCAGACAUAGAUGGCAGUGAAAGUUCUCUAACUGAAGAUUCACUGAAAGAAUCUGAUGGUUCUUCUUCAGAAGAGAUGAUAAUUGAAGCAACAGUUGAUCAAGAAGAGGAAGAGGGGCCUAAAGUUUCUGUUGCUGCAAUACCUGUUGCUGAGGAAAUUGCUGAACCUGCACUACCUGUUGCUGAGGACAUUUCUGAAGCAAAAAUGAGAGCAAAACCAAGGUCUUUAACAAUAUCAAAGUUCUUUUCUCUGCUGUUGGUACUAGUAAUUGCCUUCUUAUCAAUAUCAGUUACUGAUUCUCCUAUACUUGCUACUCCCGGGACUGUAGACUUAAGUUUCUCUAAUCUCAGCAUACCAUCAGAUAUUCCAGUCUUGGCUAAGGCUAAUAGUUACUUUAAGCAAUAUUCAGGUGAAGCCAUUUCUUAUUUCUCAAAGUUGAUUAAUGACCUCGGUAGGGUAGAUUACCCACAGCCUUUAAAAUUUGCGAACUUGACUGAUCUAGGAGAGAGUAGCAGCAUAUAUGGAUAUUUGAAAGGUAGUACUAGUAGUGAGGAAUUGGAUAUAGAGAUUGAACCAAUUGAAUUGGAAGAGGAUGAUGAAGAGUCUGAAACUGAGCCUGACGAGGAAGAGUUUCAAAUGAAAGCUGAUUUAGAUGAUGGUGAUGAAUUGGAAAUUGAAGAAGCGCAUGAGUUGGAGAUUGAAGAAGCUUCCACAAUUCAAUUAGCUGAAGUAAAUGAGUCUGAUAGCUUAGAAAAGGAUUUAGAACAAGGUCAGCAUGACUUGGUGGAGACUGAAGAAGUCUCUGUUGUCAUAGCUGAGGAGAAUGAAGCCAAUAUUUCAGAAAGGGAUUUAGAUCAAGGGCUUACAACUUCUAAUGUUCAGUUUGAGUUGGCUGAAUCCGUAUACAUUGUUGAUAAUGCUAUCAGUACUGAUGCUGCAUUUGAGUCGGUGAAUGACAAUCCUGAAACCUUGGUGAAAGAUGAUUCUGCUGUCGAAGAUGUCCAAACUUUGGAAAUGAUGCAGUCUCCAAUUGAUAGAAAUGAUGGAGAUAAUGCUGGAGCAUAUCAGAUACUGGGAAUUUCCUCACUUGCACUGAGUUUGCUUGCUGCUACAGUUUUCUAUGUGAAGAGAAGUGAUAAGACUAUGCAUCCAGUAGUAGUUCGUGCUGAUCAAGUCUCAAGUAAGAAAUUUGCAACACACCAUAUUGUCAAGGAGAAGCAUUCCUCUCAAAAUUGGCCCACAGAAGUCGAUGUCGCAGGAGAGUCUUGUCCCUCAGAAAUGAGCAGCUUUCAGAUAAGUUCAUCUUAUAGCAAGAAAGACCCCAAAUCAGAGAAUGAUGAGGCUCAAAGCAUUGAGAAGAAACCGAGGAAGAGUAACAAAAGAGAGUCCUUGACCGCAUCUGAGUUCUCAAUGGGUUCACCUUCUUAUGGAAGUUUCACUACAUAUGAGAGGAUUCCUAUCAAGCAUGCAAGUGGAGGAGAAGAAGUCAUCACCCCUGUAAGGCGCUCGAGCAGAAUUAGAAGCCAUGUCAUUUCUCCAUGAAGAUUCUGAAGUCAUGUCACUGCUGCAUUGACAACUGAAGAAAAAUUGCUCUUUUGCUUCUCAGCAAAUCAGUCUUAGGCCAUACUUCUGACUUAAUUGAAGUGUGAUUUUAGGAUUUUAAUGUUUUAAUUAGUUAGCUGAUUUCUUUAUGUUAGUGAAACUUUCUGCAUGCUGCCUCAGUUUGUUGAAUCUUUUAUUAGUUGAGGAUUUCCUGUGGCUUGUGUAUAGCAAUUUGUUUGACCCCCUUGCUUCUAUGAAUUUUAGCA